AUGGCGAAGCCCUUAACGGUCCCUGCAGAGUAUGAAUCCCGGAUAUCGGAUGAUGUGGAGUUCUGGAGCAGAAUGAAGGCAGGUUUACAACUACACUGUGAAGCAGAAUUAUAACCGCGCUUAAAAAAACGGUGUAACUUUUAUGGUUGUCAAUAGAUUUUGUCACAAAGAAAACUGCUUAAAUAGGGGUUGUUUUAAAAAUUUUCCGAGGUAUGAAAACUACUCGAAUGCAUAUUGGUGCCAAUUACGACACAGCAAAGCGUUCUAUACUUUUUUGAAAUGAAUUGGGCACCGACUUUUUCGAUUUUGUUGGUGGUCGACAUUUACGCGGGCCCGCGUAAAUGCGCGGGUGCGAUCGCCGAAAAGUGCAUGCCGCUAGUGCAAAAACGGGAAGUCGCAGCGGCGAGGGCGAAAAAACGCACUGUGCAAAUUCUACGGACUUUAUGUCGCGACUAGUAUGCAAGCGGUAAUCUUUUUUUGGAAAAAUUUUGCCUUUCAAAAAAUUUUACAUCGGUAGUUGUUACACACUAUGAUGUAAAAUCUCUCUAAUCGCUAUUCCAUUAGUUAACAGCAUUAAAACAUUCUCUGCAGAAUGGUAUUUGUUUUGUUUAAAGCCAUCCACGUUGAGCAGAGUUACACAAAAAACAAAAAAUUGAGUUUUUUGGCAGCUACUGUAUAUGUUUCAAGAAGAAAUCAGGGGACGCGGUUUUUGCCGAACCCGUUAUAUCCAAUACUGUAGUAUAAUUUGUGUUUUAUAGGAAGUGGCCGUAUUUCAAGAACCGGGGAUAAUAUCCAGUGUCGACUUCUCACCUCAGAAACCCUACCAUCUUGCAGUGGCCAAUUCUAAUAGGGUAUGUGCAGUUAUUUUUUAUUAGUAAUCAUUUUUAGACAUCUUUGUUUGACACUUCAAUUACACAACCAGUAUGGUUCCAAAGUAGAUUCCGAUCUAACGUUUUUGGGCUCAACUUUAGGAAGGAUGGCAAAUUACUGGGUAGGCGCGUACUUUCUGAUAUGUAUUUGGUUUAGGAAUGGGUACACUGGAUGGUUAUGUGCAUUUCUUUGAUGUCACGAAGAAUAAUAUCCCUUCUCGGCACGCUCUUCGCGUGUUCAAGGCACAUGAUUCCGAAGUGAGAUGUGUCCAAUUUCCAACUAAUACAAAUAACUGCGCGACGUUUGGCGACGAUGGAAACCUUAAAGUAUGGGAUUUAGCUCUGUCCAAACAGAGCGAACCUUUAUAUAAGGUUUCGAAGGCGCAUUCUGACAGAAUAAGAGCAUCUGCCAGCUCCUCCCGAAGCUCCCAUUUGCUGGCUUCUGGUUCGUACGAUCAUGUGGUGAAACUAUGGGAUACUCGACAACAGGAUGGGUUUGCGCAAAUUGUCAUGAAACAUGAAGCUCCUGUUGAGAAAAUUUUGUUUUCGUCACAUGACCGAAUUAUCAUCAGCGCCGGCGGUAAUGUCGUGAAGUUUUGGGAUCUGGCUGCCGGUGGGCGACUGAUUCAAACGCUUGAAAAUCACAAUAGAACAGUAAGUCCGGCUUCUGUAUCUUAUCUUAGAUCUUUAGGUUACUUCACUUGCCUUGUCACAGGACGGAAAGUAUUUGUUGACAGGAGGUCUUGAUCGUCGGAUUCAUGUCUUCAGAAUUGAUCAAGGCAUUUUUUCUAUGGUAUAUACGAUCUCUACAGCAGCGCCUGUUUUGUCCAUGGAUUUAUCUGACAAUGAUGAUUGUUUGGCGUUUGGAAUGAACAAUCUUCUUAAUAUUCAACGACGAGAAGUGAAGUUUAAACCAGCAACCGGUCAUAAAAGGAACAUUGUCGGAACCGGAAAACAAUUAAAGUCCAAGAACCCGAUUGUGCAAUACCGGGAAGGAAAUUCAGAUAUUAAACGGGCCGAUUUUACUGCUAAACACGUUGAGCAGGUAAGAAUUUUCAUGCACAUGCAAUGAUAUUUUUCUGUAUCUAAUAAUCGCAUGUUUCCAGAUUCACUUAGGACGGUUGGAUGUUCUGUUACGUGGCUGUCAAUUCAGAAGGGUGGUAGACCAAGUUAUGCAAAAUAAAAAGCUGAGGGAAGAACAACCCGAGCUUGUUGUUGCAGCUCUGAACCAACUAAAGAUUCGCGGUGUCUUGUCUAUUGCACUAGCGGGCAGACAAGGCCCGCAGCUUCGGCAAAUACUUGGGUUUGUGUCGUCUCAUUUCUUCAGGCCUUCAUUCUUUGAUGUUCUCUUUGAAGUGGCUCAUGUUAUUUUUAGUAAGUUAAAAGGGAUUUAUAAUUGCAAAGUUUAGAUAUCUACGUUGAGGAAGACUUGAGUAAAUCUGAGCUCUCCGCUGUCAGAGAUCUGAGGAACCAGAUAAAAGCAGAGAUUGCUUGCCAACAGUCUAUGUUGCGUGUUUGUGGAAUAAUAGAAUCCUUGUGGAAAUCGAAUGAAGAUACUGUGGAUGAUGAGGAAAGUGAUGUGUUUGGAGAAGUGAUUAUUACGCCAAAAAUCUACACUCUCAAGGGUUAA